AUGCAUCGCAGCGAGAAGUCGAGCAGCAAAAUCUGCCGUGCUCGAGAAGUUGAAAAGGCCCAAGAGCUGCAUCGGAAAAAGAUCGACGGUGUCAAAUCGUAUAUGUACAGCAUCAUAUCCAAGCCGGCCGCAUCACGUUCUUCCACGUCAUCUAAACUGAGACCAUCUCGAUCAAAUAUGGGUAGCAUUUCCCGAAAAGAUCAACCCACGGACGAUUUUCAGCGAUCUCUAGCGAAAAUGGAGGAGUUCCGAGCAGUAGCGCCCGUCUCCGACUUGGGAAGCGUUGCCCCAACCAAGCCCCACAAGUUAGCGGCACCACCUGCAAGAUUCCAAAAGAAAUCCAUGAAUGGAUCAGUUCGUGCCAGGCGCUUGAAGGAAAUCAAACAUGACAACGCAGCAGUGUUCGAACGCAUACGCAAAAGCACCUCGCACUACAGCAACGGUGAACUGCAACGUGAAUGGCAGAAAAAUGUGUCGUACCUUUCGUCCAUUAGUGAAUUUCCCGUGUCAGGGGAUUUACUGGUGUGUGGAAGUAAGCAUCACAGCCCGGACGAUGAAAGUCGUAGAUGCUUUGGGUCUUCACCCAAGCGCUCCAGCUUUUUACGAAACGCUAGUCGUGCAGAACCUCUCCCAAUCAUCCCCGUAUUUGCCCACCCUAUCAAGUGUAUCCCGACAUCUCCGAAGAAGUUGCAACUGAACAUGACACCAGGGUUCCGCUCGCUUCGGAAGGCGAUGCCUCAGCAGCCAUCUCUACCUCCGAUAUCGUCGCCACACAGCGUUUUGAGUACUGGGACAACUGAUUUCGCCUCAAAUUCAGGUAACAGUCUCCUAUUAUCUCCCAGAGACCGGAGUACUUGUCCAAGCAAUUCUGGUAUAGAUAAUCACUUCGCAGAGAGCGUUUCAGGGUGUCAAUUACCUUAUCGGAGUUCUACUGCGAUUGCAACAACAAAAUUUAUUGGAGAUUUGCACGGGAAGCCAGCAGAAAACGAAGUAUCGGGCGAAGCAAGGUACCAACUGCUGAAGACAGGCCGCUUCGUGGGUGGGAUAUACCUCGUGUUGACUGUUUUUUGUGGGGACAGCGCUACCAACCCCUACGGUUUUGACGUCUUCGCGUACCAUGGUGAACUCCACUGCGAGUAUAAACUGAGUAUCACAAAGGAAAUGACCCAUGAAUUGAUAGACAAAAGCAGCUCGACGUCUUUAGCAGCGACGACGGCAGCAGCGGCGGGGACCAAUUUGUCCAUGCAGGAAAUUGCUCGUAGCAUUUGCGACCGCAUCAACUUCGCCAUGCUUGGUGCUGACCAAGGCGAAAUGGUAUUCUUAUUGCCGAAUGUAGGAGCGAAAAGCGACCAAGCAAUGUGCUUUGAUGCGUCACCAGGACUCGUAGCGUUUUGUCUACAUCAGAUCAUCGAGAUCGAGAGUGACGAAGUGGUGAACACAAGCAAUUCGAGUGCGCAUCUUGUCGGUAGAAAGCGAAGAGCGCACGUAUUCGCCUCGACGUGCCCUCCUAAACAAUGCCCCGGAAAUGUCGUGCCAAGAAAUGCAGCGAAAUCCGUUGACACAACGGGGCUUACGAUUCACUUCCAGAUCAUGGAUACUCUAUCCCCGUCACAGUGUAUGUCAUCUCGUGAGUCAGUAGCCCCUGCUCUCAGUGUUGAAGCGAGUGUGGAGGAACUAUACGACACUAUUCUUCUGAGUUCGGGGCGGAAUCAAAAGCGCAUCGUGAGCUUAGAACGAAUCGUUGUUGCUACCAUCCAACAUCUGCACAUCAUCUCAGUUCCCAAUCGCUACGACGUCAGUACCUUGACGAACGAGGUAAUUGUGAACUCGCAUGUCAACACAUUGCUGCACCCUUGCUCCGGUCGACGAGUGGGUGCAAGUACGCUCGAGAAGAAACGAUCAAGACGGCAACUACCGCACUCCAUCUCUCAGUUGUUUACGUCCCCGACACAAACUACAAUCUUGAUACAGUCUGGCCUGAUCUGGAGAAAUUGCUAUCUGUUGGCUGAGAUUACACUCGAUACACUCGAGAGGAAUACCAACAACAACAUUUGUUCGUUACAGCAGAAUCAGCAGAGGAAAAUCCACGACCAUGAUUGUGAUGUUAUCGUCAGCGUUUUCAAUUCUAACUCAGGUCAUUCCUCGAGUCGAAGGCUUUCACCAGUUGCUAUCAGUUUUCUGUUGGGGAGACUCAAGGCUAAAGCAAACGUUUUUACUGACGGAGAUAUCAAUGAGCAGCACACUUUUGCUCAAGAAUUGCUGGCGUACCUUCAGCUUGACGUGGAUUUGUUUGGUCAAGAAAACGAAUUGGGGGGAGGAAAACAUUUGCAAGGGCGAUGA